UUGGUAUUUUUCAAUGUUAUUAUUUAUCAUUUUCACUUUUUUAGCUAAAUAUCAUAAGACAAUAAUCAAUAAUUUUAAUAUUUUCUAGAUGUUAACUGGUGGUGUAGUUGAUUACACUCGCGAGGGUACAAUUCUAUCCUCGGAGCAAAGACAAUUUUACGAGAAAAACGGAUAUUUGCUUAUCAGAAAUUGUGUGCCAAAAUAUGAGCUCGAAAGAUUCCGAAAACGUUUUCAAGAUAUUUGCGAGAAAAAAGUGAAAGCGCCUGAAAAUAUGACUGUUAUGAAGGAUGUAUCAAUUGCAAAAUCGGAAUUCAAGGAAGGAGAAAAAGCGAUCACCAAGAUUCAAGAUUUUGCAGAUGAUCCAGUUCUUUUUGAAUAUUGCAGAUAUCCUGGGGUAAAUCUAAUUAACCUAACUUCUAAUAAUAAAAUCUCCUGACAAUUUCUAGGUCGUUGAUGUUGUCAAAGAUCUAAUCGGACAUCCAAAAUCAACAUUAAUGGCUAUGCAUACAAUGUUGAUCAAUAAACCACCAGAUAAUGGAAAAUUGACAUCAAGACAUCCGAUGCAUCAAGAUCUUCAAUAUUUCCCAUUCCGACCCGCUGAUUUUAUUUGUUGUGCUUGGACUGCGAUGGAAAGAAUCAAUCGAGCCAAUGGAUGUUUGGUGGUUGUGCCAGGAACUCAUAAAGGAGUACUUUUGCCACAUGAAUAUCCCAAAUGGGAGGUUAGUCGAAUUUUUUGAUGUAGGGGUGUUACGAAAAUCUUUAUCUCAAAAAGUUCAUUGACUGAAGUUUUUAUUCAGGGUGGCGUAAACAAAGCCUAUCACGGAAUUCAGAACUACGAUCCAUCAAUGCCUCGAAUCCACGUUGAAAUGGAAGCUGGUGACACCGUCUUUUUCCACCCGAUUCUAAUUCAUGGAUCUGGUGCGAAUCGAACUGAAGGCUUCAGAAAAGCCAUUUCGUGUCACUACGCAAACGACGAUAUUUGCCGAUAUGUAAAUGUCGAAGGAACAACUCAAGAAAAUCUCGCCGAAGAGAUCAUUGAGAUCGCCAGAAAACGCUUGAAGAAAUAUGGUCUCGAUCCGAAUACAGUAACCCUCGAUUUUGCGGAUAUUUGGAAAGUUCGUGCGAGAGAAGUGAAUGGAACCAGAUCGAAUUUGUAA